GCAGAGUCGGGGCUGUGCGCUGCGCAGGCGCACGUGGCGAAGCUGAGCGGGCUCAGGAGUGACGUCACGGCGCGCGACGCGGAGGCGGGGUCGGCCCGGGAUCCGACGGUAGGGGGUAGCCGGUCCGGGGUCGCAGGUCGCAGGCCGCAGGCCACGGUCGCCCCAGCACCAUGUUCGGCUCCAGUCGCGGAGGCGUGCGCGGCGGUCAGGAUCAGUUCAACUGGGAGGACGUGAAGACUGACAAGCAGCGGGAGAACUACCUGGGCAACUCGCUGAUGGCGCCCGUAGGCCGCUGGCAAAAGGGCCGCGACCUCACCUGGUACGCCAAGGGCCGGGCGCCGUGCGCGGGCCCGAGCCGCGAGGAGGAGCUGGCAGCCGUGCGGGAGGCCGAGCGCGAGGCGCUGCUGGCCGCGCUUGGCUACAAGAACGUGAAGAAGCAGCCCACGGGCCUGAGCAAGGAGGACUUUGCGGAGGUCUGCAAGCGGGAAGGAGGCGACCCCGAGGAGAAGGGCGUGGACCGGCUGCUGGGGCUGGGGAGCACCAGUGGCUCCGCGGGUCGCGUGGCGCUGUCACGGGAGGACAAGGAGGCCGCCAAACUGGGGCUGUCUGUGUUCACGCACCACCGCGUGGAGAGCGGCGGGCCCGGGACUUCAGCAGCCUCCGGCAGGAGGAAGCCACGAGUGGAGGAUCAGACUGAAAACAGCUCUGAGAGCCACAGGAAAAGCAAGAAGGAGAAGAAGAAAAAGAAAAAGAAGAAACACAAAAAAGAAAAGAAGAAAGACAGAGACAGGCGACCAGCUGAGGCCACCACCUCUUCCAUGUCUCCCGAGAGGCCCAGGUACUGCCACCAUGACUCUGACUCCGACUCCCCCUGCUGCAAGAGGAGGAAGCGAGGACACAGUGGGGGCAGGAGCCCAUCUUGCAGGCGGCAUGACAGACUCUGAGGCCUGAUAGUUGGACCCUGCUCACUGCUACUGUGGGACCUGGAACUCUCCCUUCACCUUGCUUGCCUCCUGCCUCAGGAAAGCCCCUCGUGUGGGUGAGACCUGAGGCUGCUCCUAUGGAGUGGCUCUGGGCACCAGCCUGUGGGGUAAAGGCUGCACAGCUAGCUCUGGAGCGCAGCCAGCUUCCUGGAAGACCUCCGGGUUUCGCACAGCAGGGAUGGCCCCUGGCUUGCCCUGCGGUGAGCCUGCGCACAGGUACCUGUAGAGGCUGGACUCCCUGUGUCCUGCUCGUGGCUGCAGCAGCCAUGGGCCUAUGAGCAAUCUACCUGUGGCCAAGUACGGUGACCUCUAUUUUUCCUUACAUUGACUCUUUAUAUUUCAAUAAAUAUAUUUUAAAAGAAA